CUUCAGUGAAUCAGCUGACGAAUGGUAUCUCCCUCUCCCGGAUGGAUCGCUCCGCUGAGCCCGGCCAGCCUGAGCGCUAGCUGACACUGGAGCAGGUUGCUCGCACCGCUUGCUCUCCUCCUGUUGGAUGUCAGACGGACGUAGCCUCAAGUUAAAGCUUUCGCCACUGGAAAAACAAAAACAUACACGACGCUAUUUAUUUUUCACCGCAUCUUUCGGAUAGGAAGCGACCCGCUUCCCCUCACCAUGGCUUCCAACUUCAACGACAUAGUGAAGCAGGGGUACGUGAGGAUACGGAGUAAGAAACUGGGGAUCUUCCGGAGGUGUUGGCUGGUGUUUAAAAAGGCUUCUAGUAAAGGACCCAGGAGGCUAGAAAAGUAUCCCGAUGAAAAGGCAGCCUACUUUAGAAGUUUCCACAAGAUCACUGAGCUCCAUAACAUCAAAAACAUCACACGGAUGCCACGGGAGACAAAGAAGCACGCCGUCGCCAUCAUCUUCUGCGAUGAUACAUCCAAGACGUUUGCCUGCGAAUCAGAGCUGGACGCCGAGGAAUGGUGCAAGCUGCUGUGCGUGGAGUGCCUGGGUACCCGUCUCAACGACAUCAGCCUCGGAGAGCCGGACCUGUUAGCAGCAGGAGUGCAGCGGGAGCAGAACGAACGCUUCAACGUGUACCUCAUGCCCACGCCGAACCUGGACAUCUACGGGGAGUGCACCAUGCAGAUCACCCACGAAAACAUCUACCUGUGGGAUAUUCACAAUGCCCGCCUCAAGCUCGUCAUGUGGCCCCUCAGCUCCCUGCGCAGAUACGGCCGGGACUCCACCUGGUUCACGUUCGAGUCCGGAAGGAUGUGUGACACAGGAGAGGGUUUGUUUACGUUCCAGACCCGGGAGGGCGAGAUGAUCUACCAGCGGGUCCACUCGGCCACGCUGGCCAUCGCCCAGCAGCAUGAGAGGAUGAUAGAGGAGAUGGAAAAGAGCUCCCAGUUUCACUCCAGAGAGACGCUAACCAAGUCCAUCUCCCUGCCACGCAGUGCCUACUGGCAGCACAUCACACGCCAAGCCAGUGUGGGGGAUCUCUACAGUUACCAAGGGAGUGGUGGAGAGGAAAGACUAACAGACAGAGGAGCAGGGCUGCCGAAGACCUUUAUCCCCCGGGCGCAGACGUUCCCCAGCUUUCUGUCUGAUGAGCCCGAGCAGGAGGAGAGGAGUCACCGCCACCAAGAAGAGGCGCCGUCGCCCUCUAGUGGCUGCGAAUCCAGUUGCAGCCUCGGACCGCUUCAAUGACAGGGAGCAGCUUUAGCAGCUGUGGACACUCAACCCGUCACUGUAGAGAGGAUUCAGCAAUCUGUAUAGUGAUACGUGUAAUAUACCUGUAGAAGCUGUAGAAGGAUCCUGGAGGAUUGUGAAGUGUGACUGCAGAGAUAGCUUCUAAAAGUGCACCAAAAAUCCCCUAUGUGUUAUUUAAAGUGUUUCUCGUCGCCAUUGUUCUGUUUAACUCUGCAUGACCUUCUACUUUCAAAACAUUUUUUUUUAUUUUUUAUUUUUUUUUUUUUUUAAGCAAAGCACUUGGAGAGAAGUUAAAGGCACUUUUACCUAAAAAUCUCCUGUAAAACAGCUUUAAGAAACUUUUUUUCUGAAGUUGAUGAAAUAACAUCAGGCGUAAUCCGGCAAGGUGCUGCCUCAGCAGCCAGUUCAAGAGAAACUCCACCAGUUUUGACACAAAUCCCCCUCCUCGCCUCCCUACCACUCCCCCACCAGCUUUGUCGCGAGAAUGUGAAAUCGAUCAAUGCCUCACACAACAAAACAGCUUGAUGUCCAUGGCAGCGAUGAAUCAGCUAAACUUUUCUAAUCGGCUUCAACCAGCAAAAAAAAAAAAAAAGUCAUUCAUAAAUGGGUUGGGGCGGAUCGUCGUGUCAGAGAUGAUAAAAAGCGCAGCCCUCCUGCAGGCUCUGCUUUAAGCUGCUGGCAUUACUCUUCACUACAGCAAAUUGACUUUAAUAGCAUCUGAGCCCUUCUGAAUGUCAGAAGUUACUGAUAAGCUGUUCAUAAACAGAAAGGUGUCAAAAAAAAAGGGUCACAUGAUAGGUUAUGCAAAUCAGAGAUAUAAUUCACAUUUGGGGUCCAUAAUAAGCUCAGAGAAUGCUUCUUGAGGAGGAAAACAUGACACAAUGUAUUCAGGGACAGUUGUUUUUGAUGUUUUAGUGUAGGUGUAGGGAAUAUAUGUGAUUCAGCAGAACCGCAAAUACGAGUCUUUCCAAGGUUCCAGCUGGUGGAGGAUGGAGCUAGGUUUUAUCACUUCCAAGUCCGAAAGGUUAUAUAUAUAAACAAAAGAAACAUUUAAUAUGAGAAAAUGUUUACGUUUCCAGGACCUUUUCAUCAUUCCAUUACCAAAAGCCCUUUAUCUUGCAUACAAAAUUUGAUGUGCAGCAGAAAACUGAACAUCGAACAUCACCCCGACUUUACCAUUCUCUAAUGUGAAACGAAACGGUAGCAGCAUCGCACCACUGGGAUUCCUUAACAGUUUUGAUCUGCCUUGUGUCAGUCGAUCCUAUUCCCAAUAAAAUACAUAAAGGCUUGUUGUAGCAAUGUGAGAAAUUGUGAGCUCUGCUCUUCUGGACUAUAUUAGACCAAGGUUUUAAACGCAUAUAAUAAAGGUCCCAGGUGCCUGACAAGCCGUCAAGUCACUUUUUUUACUAAAAUGCAGAAUAGGAGCCCCACUUCAUAUGUUAUUUUUUUUUUUUAUCAUGAUUUGUAGAAAAACCUUUUUAUUCAUUCAAUUAAUCAACUCCUCUACUAGUAAUAACACUGACAGACGCAUCAUGUCAUUCUAAACUUGAUCUGACCAUCUGCGGUGUCAUUGUCCUGCUCUGUUUUGCUCCCAUUUCCUGCCUUUCUCGCCAUCGUUACUGCCAAACAAACUCCUAAAAUAUUGGUUAAAAAAAGUUUAGAGAACAUCAUUGAUCCGAGAAUAAAGUGACAGGCAGGCGGGACAGAGACAGAAAGCCUCAAUUACGAAUCCAUCUGUUCCUGCAGCUCCACUGACAGUGCGGCAGUAUAAACAAUACUUGGUAGGCUUCUGGUGUUUUGGCGGCUUGGAUCAUUCAUUUCAACUUGCCCAAUAUGUGUGUCAAACAGAGAAUCAGUCAGCCAGACUUUUUUUGUACCCACGAUCUCUGCUAACAAGAGGUCAUUGAAGGAAAAACGGUAGGUUAACAAGGCAGCGCUGCAUUUUACUAACAAGAUGCAUUUCCUCUUCCCAGUGUUUUCAGGAAAAAAAAAGAAAAAAAAAAAAGAAAGAUUUAAUGGUUCUAAAAAGUGAGGCUAAUGCAAAGUAUGUUAAAUGGGAACUUUUUAUUGUAAAAGAAACACCUGGUCUAUUAGAAAAUGCCCCUUUCUAUUUUCUUGUUGAGUUUAAACACUAAGGGUGUUAAGUAGAGACUAAAGUAGGUCUCAGUGAAGACUUUACCUAUUGCCGCUAAUCUAAGCAUAACAACAACUCUUAAUGAGGAGCCCCUUUGUUAGCUACAAGGUAGUAAAGGGAAUGAAAAAUAGUUCAAAGAAAGAUACGAUAUGUCUGAGUUGUUUAUUGGUUUUGCAAACUCCCCAGAUGUGGUUCAAUGACCUCUGUGGAGAACGGUUUAGGUUCAAUACUAAUAUGUGCACCUAUUGGCUAAUUACUAGUGUUAAGAACUGAGACUUUCAUAUAUCCAAACUAACAUGUAUAUGAGUGCCCCCAUGCAGAUUUUGCUCUGAGGUAAUGGCCGCUAACCGGACUAGGGAUCACAAUAGCUCAUGCUGAUUUAUGAAACAAACCCAGAUUUGUAAAAUCCGUUAGCUACUUUAUGUAUCUCAUAGCUGGGUCUUAAAUUUGUAUUAAUGGGAAAAAAAUUGCUUGUCACAACUAUUUCUCAUAAUGGUUAUCUAUCCAGCACAAGGGCCUCUAAAGAGGCUCAAAAGGAAGCUAAAUAUUGCUGUGUGUUAUGUUCUCAGCUGCCUUGUCAGUUCUGUAGCUAAAAAACAGACAUGGUUUUAAUCUCCUUUUAACAAUAUAUUGCCUAAAACUUUGCUAAGCUAUUUUAAAACAGCGAAUCAAAGUAUUUUGUGUGUUAGUAACAGAAUGAGCGAGAGAAGGAAUAUUAGCAGUGUGGUUAAAAUAUGGUAAUAAUACUAAAUCCAUUUUCUGUUGCAUGAAUCAAGUAUAUUUUUUAAAUACACACAACUCCACAUGAUAAAAGACCCUAGUGCCUUCAGAUACUGACCGCAGAUAGUGACAGCCAACCAAAGCGUAUACUGGACUCUUAAGUUUGCCAUUGUUACCUUAGUUUGUGAUUUACUUUAAAAACUAAAUAACUUUAGAAGAUUCUGAAAAUAUUCUCGACCCAUUGCUAGGUCAUGUGUCUGGGGUUGCAUUUUCUACUUUGCUGUCCACCAUCACCAGAAUCUUCCAUGAGAUUAGGCAUGGGCUGGUAUGAGAUUCUCAUGAUAACCUUAAAGAAAAAUAUUAAUUAUCUAGUCACUGUGGGAGAAAAAAAUAUAUAUAUAUGUUUUACCCAAAUUAACUGAUUGUAUUUAAAAUAGCAAGGCAACUCUAGCUUAGAACAACAGUGACCUUAAAGUGAAGGCUGACUUUUACAUCUGGACUAUAAAUUAUUUUCUCAACCAGAAUAAUUUUUGUUUUUUAAAUUAAGCAUGAGAAAAAAACGUUUUAGCUUCAGUUUAGCCAGAUGACCUAGCAUACAGGAACAGGUGGGGGAAAGGCAACCCUGCUUUAGCCUCAGAAAACUCCAAUCACUCCCAAAGAUUUUACUGGCUUCUUAAGAAUCAACAGGAAUGGUAGAUUAUGGCAAGACAUUUUGGAUUCUGGUACCUGGCCCAUGCCUGGUGUAUUUAGUACAGAGAUUGAAAGUUUUUCUCCUCUAUAGCAGUUAAGUGGGUAAAAACGAAAUGAUUUCCAUUGACAAUCAAAUGUAGGCUGCCAAACAGUUUUCUUCACGUUUGAGUCCUUUUGUUGUUGAUGUUGUCGUGCCACCGCUUCAUGCCCAGUAAUACACUCCUAUACCCAAUUAGUUGGAAAGUUACAAGCACAUUUUGUCUUAAGAUACUUUUUAUUUUUUAUUUUUACAGUUGUUGAUUUAUUUAUUCUUUAACAAGUGUUUCAGUUUAGAAAAAACAUAUGUUGAAACGUUUGGUCACAGUAGUGCCCUAGUUGUCUUGUUUUAGUUGCAGUGUGGUGAAAUGUUUGUGGAAUAUUCCAUUCCUGUUUGUGGUUGCACUUACUGAAUCGCCUGGAUUAAAGCUACAGCUAAUUGUGCUCAUUUGCCAUUUCUUUUAUUGUUUCCUGUAUUCACUUGUUUGCAGAGAUGUCGUUAUGUUUUGUGUUCUCUAACUUUAUAUGUUAAUAGCACUUUGAAUACACUGGUUAGGACUGCAGUUUUCACAAAUGUACAUAUGUAAUGUUUUUGAUGAAAAUAAGGGUAAUAAAUUGAAUGUUCAUACCA